AUGAGUGUCGAAAAUCCCGCUAGCGACAAUGAUUGUGAAUCAGGAAAGGUAAAUGGUAAUAAAAAUGAACACGUGAACGGUGUUCACAACGGAUACAGCAGUUCCGAGAAGCAUAAAUCCAGUCAUAAGUCCUCAAGCAAAGACAAGCACCGAGACAAAGAUAGGGACCACAAAAGCUCGUCUAAACACAGCAGUGAUAGAGACAAGCACUCCUCUAGUAAAAAUCAUAGCAGCUCGCAUAAAUCGUCCAGUAAAGACAAAGAUCGAAGCGACAAAGAUAAAGAGCGCAGUGAUCGUGAGCACAGUAGCAAAGACAAAGAUCGCGACAAGGACAAACAUCGCAGUGAUAGAGACAAGCACAGGGACAAGGACCGUAGUGACCGAGACCGGGACAAACACAAGAGCAGCAGUAGCAAUGAUAAGAAAUCAUCCUCAUCAUCUUCUUCAAAGGAUAAAGACAGAGAUCACAAAAGUUCAUCCAAAGAUCAUAAGUCAAAAGACAAGGAUAAGGAACGUGAAAAAGAUCGCAGCAGAAGUGACAAGCAUCGCAGUGAUAAAGAGAAGCAUUCAAGUUCUAAAGAAAAACACAGCUCCAGUAAAAGCAAAGAUAAGAGCAGUAGUGAAAAACAUGACAAAAUCAAAUCUGAAUCAGACUAUCAAGAUUCCCCCAUCAAGGAAGAACCCAUGCAGAUAGAUCAGGUGGAUAUCAAGCAAGAAAAUGAUGAAAGCAAUGAUUUUGGAGGUUUAAACACAACAGCUUCUUCUUGUGAUUAUUCUCUAUCACAGUUUAAGGAUGAACCACUUUCAGAACUACCACCUGAAGAAGAAAGUGAAGAAGAUUCUCCAUCGCGCAUUCGCAACAAACGUCGUGCUCCUAGUGAGAGUGAAGAAGACAUUCCAUUACUCCAGCGUAAGAAAUCCAAAAAGAAAAUUAAAAAAGAACCUGCCUACGACGAUGAUAUGGAUGAUGAAGAAGAAAAACCCAAAAAAAAGAAAUCAAAACCAAUAAAAGCUAAACAAACUCAAGUAAAAUCAGAGCCCAAUAAUGGCCCCAGUCCUACCAAACGCAAGAAAAAAAACGAUGAUGAACCUGAAGUUUGGAAAUGGUGGGAAGAAGAAAAGAAAGAUGAUGGUACCAAAUGGAAGUUUUUGGAGCACAAAGGUCCUGUUUUUGCACCAGAUUAUGAACCUCUACCUGAAAAUGUUAAAUUUUAUUAUGAUGGUAAAGAGAUGAGACUCUCUCAAGAUGCUGAAGAAGUAGCGGGAUUCUAUGCUCGAAUGUUAGAUCAUGAAUAUACAACCAAAUCCACAUUUAACAAUAACUUCUUCAAUGACUGGCGUAAAGUAAUGACACAUGAAGAAACAAAGAUAAUUAAAGAUCUCUCAAAGUGUAAUUUUAAGGAAAUGCAUGCUUAUUUCCAAGCUCUUUCAGAAAAGAAUAGAAAUCGAACAAAAGAAGAAAAAGCGGCUUUAAAGGCCAAGAAUGAUGAAAUCCAAAAAGAAUAUGGUUUCUGUAUUAUAGAUGGCCAUAAAGAGAAAAUUGGUAAUUUUAGGAUAGAGCCUCCUGGGUUAUUUAGAGGUCGUGGAGAACAUCCCAAAAUGGGUAUGUUGAAGAGACGUGUAAUGCCAGAGGAUGUCCUUAUUAACUGCUCUAAAGAUAGUAACAUACCUAAAGCACCACCUGGACACAAAUGGAAAGAAGUUAAACAUGACAACACUGUUACUUGGUUAGCUUCAUGGACAGAAAAUGUACAGGGACAAGCGAAGUAUGUCAUGUUAAAUCCUAGUUCAAAAUUAAAAGGUGAAAAAGAUUGGCAAAAAUAUGAAACAGCUAGAAAACUCCACAAAUGUAUUGAUGUGAUCAGAGAAAACUAUAAAAAUGAUUGGAAAGCAAAGGAAAUGCGCGUUCGUCAAAGAGCUGUUGCUCUGUACUUCAUUGAUAAGCUGGCAUUGAGAGCAGGCAAUGAAAAGGACGAUGACCAGGCAGACACAGUGGGCUGUUGUUCCUUGCGCGUUGAACACAUUGCACUGCACAAAGAAAAAGAUGGGAAAGAAUAUGUUGUUGUGUUUGAUUUUCUUGGUAAAGAUUCUAUCAGGUACUAUAAUGAAGUACCAGUCGAAAAGCGUGUCUUUAAGAAUCUCGAGUUAUUCAUGGAAAAUAAAAAAGACAGUGAUGAUCUCUUUGAUAGACUCAAUACACAAACCCUGAAUGAACACUUAAAAGAUUUAAUGCCUGGAUUGACUGCAAAAGUCUUCCGUACAUACAAUGCAUCUAUCACAUUACAAAGACAAUUAGACGAACUUACUGAUGCAUCAGCAUCAAUACCAGAAAAAAUAUUAGCAUAUAACCGUGCAAACCGCGCAGUUGCAGUACUUUGUAACCAUCAACGUGCUGUUCCCAAAGGUCAUUCAAAAUCAAUGGAGGCUUUGAAAGAGAAAAUACAAGCUAAACGUGAUCAAGUGGAUGAAGCUGAGGAAGACUUAAGAGAGGCAUCAAAAGCAGCCAAACGAGGUUCUGUUAAAGAGAAGCUUGCUUGUGAUAAGAAGAAGAAAGCUCUGGAACGUUUGCGAGAGCAAUUGAAAAAACUAGAACUCCAAGAAACUGAUCGUGACGAAAAUAAAACAAUUGCUCUUGGUACUUCUAAGCUGAAUUAUCUCGAUCCACGUAUAUCAGUGGCUUGGUGCAAAAAACAUGGUGUACCAAUCGAAAAAAUCUACAACAAAACUCAACGUGAUAAAUUCCGUUGGGCGAUCGACAUGGCCGGUCCGGAAUAUAUCUUCUAA